UUUUUUUUUUUUUUUCCCUAUCACCGUGGCCCCCAUUCUUCAUCCUCCCUCCCCCAGUGGCCGAUCGCGCAGGCAAUGGGGGAUGCCUCCUCUGUCGGCUUACACUCCCUUUGAAUCCCUUCUCUUCUUUCAAUCCCUCGCCGUCCUAGACACACGACCAGCCAAUUUCAUCUCCAUCUCCGACCUCCUGCGCAACAACCAGUUCGUUCGCGACAAUGUUGCUUUCGACGCCCAUAGGCUCUCUCCGGAGGCCCUGGAGGACCUGUAUACGACGUUGAUGCGCGAUGGCGUUGAAUCGACUGGCGUUGUCGCAACCCUCGAACCGAAUGGCCAUCGCGUGGAGCCCACCAGCCCUAGUAAUCCCAAGAAGCGCAAGAUCUCGAGCCCUCGACCUGAAGGGUUGUCGGAGAAGACUUUGAAUAAUACUGGGUUCGUUCCGGGGUUGGUCGGGCAUUUAUAUGCCAGAUACAAGGAGUUGGUUACGAAGGAGAUUAGAAACGAAGAGAAGCGAUUUAAGGAAAUCAGAGACGAGAUCGAGCGAUUACAGAAGGAGGACCGCGAAGGUUCUGCAGUGAAAACUGUAGAGCCAACGCCUACACCGGUCUCGGUUUACCCUGCUAAGCGUGAGCCUGUACCGGAACCGAUGGAUUUGGACACGAAUGAGAACCAGGUGGAGCGGCAGCCUCCUAAACAGGUCCCUGUUCAACCUGUGUCGAGUUCUGCGGCAAUACAACCUCAGUUGAAACCCCAGGGCAUGGAUUUGAAUAAUACCAAACAGCUACCAACACAGCCUGUUCAACAGCAACAGCAACAACCUACACAACCGCAAAAGGCCCCUACCAAGAUGUUACAGCCCCAACCCCAACCACAAAUACUGCAGCAGAAACCACAGCCAAUACCGCUAUCGCCGCUUCAAGCACAACCAGCACUUCGUCCUCAACCAACUCAACCAGCAACGCCAGCCAAUGGGAACGCGAUUUCAACACCUCAGCAACCAAAAAUAGCUCCUCGAAACGCCCCGGUGCAACAAGGAGCUAUUGGUGUCCCGCCUAUCCAGUCCCAGAAACUGCCACCUACUGCGCCGGCCCUUGGUCCCAGCCUAGCUCCUCCCUCAGUAGGCACACCCUUACAGAGUCAACAGCCUAUCAAUAUACCGGUUACCUCUGCCACCGCGCCGAAAGCUUCUCCGAGUGCGAAGACCGUAGCAAAGAAGGCCAAUGCUGCACCUCCACCGACAGCCCAGCGUCUCCCUCCACAGGCAAGUUUUCAGCAAUGGUCGUUGAACGAGCCUCAAACACCUCAAGCCCCUCCCUCGUUUCUAGUUCCGCAACUAGGAAGUCAUGCUCGGUCUGCUCAAUCCACGUUUCCUCAGCAGGUUCUGAAGCCCGAGAAUAAGGCUCCACAAGGCGCUCAACUUGUGGCGGUUCCGUCUACACCGCAACCAACACCCUCGGCGUUUCCGGUUUCAACGCCUCUUGGUCCUGUUUCUGGGUAUCAAACACCCAUAGGUGUGCCUCAGGGCCCUCCAGUCACAGGGCAAGGGGUCUCACGGCCGCCGCGCCUAUCUAUUGAGACACCUGGUUCUCUCACCCCUUGGAAACAAACCCCGCGUCUGACCUUGCUACAUUCCCCUGGAUCGCCCGAUCGACCUCGACCGGAAGAUGUAAGUCCUAUUAGCGAGAGAGCUUCAUCGCCGUUCGGAUCGCGCGAGGGCACCCCGGAAGAGCCCGGACCACGCCGGCGAAAGCGACGGAAUGAAGGAAAGGGCCUAGGACGGGGUAGAGAAAAGGCCGCAGAUAUCGAUCAGAAAGGCGAAUCGAAGAAGAAAGGAGAGAAGGCGACGGGACAAACUGGAAAGAAACGCGAUAGAAGUACCACUUCGUCAAGGAGUCGAGGACGGUCAGUCGUAUCUCGAGAAGAAGAAUCUGCCACUGAGUCGGGAAAUAUUAAGCAUGAAAUGCCCGGAACUCCAGCUGGAAUUGUAGAUGCCGAACCCGAACGGACUUCUGCAGGACGAAAAGCUGCCCCAACUUGGGAAGAACGACCCGGCCGAGGGCGACCAAAACGCAAACGCGCUGUUAGUGAGGCCCCAGAGCCGGAACCGCCCCAAGCGGAGCCCAGCCAGAUGGGCCGCGUCGAUCCGAAUCAAUCCACGCCGUAUGUAUUGUGCACGCGUAACUUCCCAAGAACUGGUGCUCCAAUAAUGAAUGAUGUAACGACUCACAAGCACGCAUCUAUCUUCACGAAGCCACUGACAGAACGCGAUGCGCCUGGGUAUCGAGAUCUCAUCUACCGACCGCAGGACCUAAAAUCCAUCAAGUCCUCCAUCCAUCAGGGCAGCAAGGCUUUGACUGCCGCGACAGAGGCCGCAAACACACCUGUUGCGGAUGGCGAAUCCCCGGCCCCCAACGUAGGUACACCUUCGAAGAACGCUGUCAUGAUGUUGCAGAAAACGGAGGAUGUCAUUCCGCCCAGAGCAAUUGUCAAUUCCGCGCAGCUGGAGAAGGAAUUGAUCCGCAUGUUCGCUAAUGCGGUCAUGUUCAAUCCUGUUCCUCAACGUGGGUUUGGUCCCGCCUUCCCGAUGAUUGGAGACACGGAAUCUAGACGAUCCUAUGCUCCUGAGCCCGAGGAGGGAGGAAUCAUCAAAGACACACUGGAAAUGUUCGAGGACGUGGAGCAGGCGGUCACUCGGUGGCGGGCUGCUGAACGCACCGCAGACGAGCUGGCCACCAAGAGCAUUCUAUCUCUUCGAAGAGGUAGUGCCAGCGAUCCUAACACGGACAGUGCCGAUGACUUUAAGGGAUGAUGAUGAAAUGAGAUGCUCACUGCUGUGAUGAAUGAAAGAAUACUGCUAUGUAAUAUUAAAAUGAAGGAAAAGCUUUUUCCAAGAAUUAUUUUCCAAGUCUAUUUUUGGUCUGUUCUUGGGGUCAUAUACUUCGUAUCUGUAAGUACACUGUACU